AUGACCGUGGACGACAUUUGCUACCUGGUCGGUGACAUGGUAGAUCUUUACACCAACCAUUGUCAACACCGAUCUGCUUCCUUCUCCUCUUCUUUCAACACGCUCGAAGGUCGUCAAAGCUCACCACAGUCCCUUUCGCGAUCCACUUCCAUUGCGGCCUAUCUAUUGCGCUUGCGUGCACUCAACAUAAGCGGAGCGGUGCUAACUGUGUGCAGCCUAAACGAGUCGCUAAGACGCGAAAUCGGUAUGACAUUCAGCGACUGGCAAAUUUUCUCCACUCUCAUCACUUACCUCAAGCGACUAGAGGGACGUGCACCAACCCCGCCUUCAUCUGUCCCACCUCCGCCUCCACACGGUUGCCAGUGUGCACGUUCCAUGGGGGACCUGGCCAACAUUCACACACACCGACACCACUUUCAUCUGGCGCAGCACAAAACGCCUGUUCUCUGUAGACCUAAUGUCGGUGCCUGGACAUCUGAAUCCAUCCUGGCCGCCGCCACGCCGCAUCAGCACUGGCACCACCCCCGAGACUCAUCGCCUUCACCAAUCAACGGACAAAGCAGCGCCAGCAUCAGCAGCAGCAGUAGCAGCAUGGAUACCACCACUUGUACCUCCAAUAGCCCCCAUUGGCACGGACCUAAACCACAUCUACCACCACCACCACCACCACCACCGCCACCACCUCCGCAACAACAAAUAAUUGAAGAGGAAGUGUGUCGCCUCUCUGGAGGUAGCUGCUCCAUCUACUCCGCUGAACUCUCCUAUUCUCCCUCUCCCUCCUCCUCCGCCGUCACGGUGCCAUCUGCUUCCUCCUCACCCUCACCCUCCAUUUCCUCUCUCCACUCCUCCAACGAAAAGUGA